AUGAGGAUUGCUGGGACGCUGGUGCCGCUGGCGGCUGCGGCUUCGGCUGUUUCUUUGCCUGGGGCUUCUCCUGCUGCGGAAGCGGCUACGAGUGCUUCCGUAUGGAGUUCUGUUCUGGACGCCGACGGGGUUGUAUCUUCGUUCGGACGGGUUCUUGGCGCGGCGGCGAGGAGACUUACAUGGUCCGGCACGAGCCCCACCGACGACGUCGAGGCCGGAGCGCAAAUCUACCGCUACGAGACGGUGCCGGAGAAAGAUCUCGCGGAGAGUGUUUACCAAAUCAUCCAGGAGAGCGGACACGAGCGGUUCGCGGCGCUGCUACGCGGACAAGAGGCCCUUCGGUCGAGGCUUGCCGAUGCCAAGGGGGCGUUCACGGUCUUCAUGCCCACCGACGAGGCGUUGAAAAAGCUGGGUAUGGAUCAGAGCAGCGAGGCGCUGGUGCGUGAGAUGGUGGAAUACCAUGUCCUCGAGGGGGUGUACUCUGUCGAUGCCCUUCGGAGGAUGCAGACCGUGCCGACGGUGUUGGAGGAACCCGGGACGGGGCGCCGGCAGAGGCUGAGGGUAGGCGGUGGCGGAGAGGAUGUCGUGCUGAACUUUUAUAGCCGGCUUUUGGGGGAUGAGUCUAAGCGGGCUCGGAAUGGAGUCGUGCACUUCGUUGAUGAUGUGCUUGUCCCGCCACCGAGGUUCGAUCGACUUGUUGAUGUGUUACCGGAGCGGCUGGGUGUCUUCUCGAGGGCGCUGAAGGAGGCGGGCGUUGGGGAAGAGACGGGUUUGGAGGGGAGAAGGGGUGUGACUGUGUUUGCGCCAUCGGAUGAGGCUUGGGAUAAGAUUGGGGACGAAGUCAAGAGCUUCUUGUUUGGAGAGCGGGGAGCAGGGUAUUUGAGGGCUUUGGUGAGGUAUCACAUCAUCGUGGGUGAGAUUCUGUACACGGAUGUGAAGGUUGAUCACGCCGAGGGGACGGGGUCUUGGCCGGGGAGGUAUGAGACUUUGCUGGGGGCUGGCGUCUCCGUUCGUGUUCACGGGGUGGAGGGCCGGCUGGUGAUGGAGGUGAAUGGAAAGAAGGUCUCGGUGAGGGACUUGCCUGCCAGGGAUGGUGUUGUGCAUGUGCUCGAUGAGGUGUUGAUUCCAUCGACGACGGCUGAUGGUGUUGAAAGGAGCGGGAUGCUGGAUGUUGAAGAGUUGAAGAGGCUUCUUGAUCCUUGGGUGAGGACAAGUGAAGGAUUCGAGAGCGUUGAGUUGUAA